AUGGAGAAGAAACAUAAAAGGCUUCUUUCUGGUGCAACUCCAUUAGUGUUGUUGCUUCUAAUCACUCUGCUUUACACGCAAUUACAUCUAUUUGCAUCAAUUUCUCUUCCCUUCAACAAAUGGAUGCAACAUUUAGCAAACUGGAAAGUUAGCGACAACACGUUAACUGAAGCGAUUAAAUGUCAGGAAUCGUUCAAGCCUAGUUUAAGAAAGCUACUAAAAGGAGAUGAUCAAGGCAAGCUUGAAGCUAAUGGAUUUGCAUGUGAUGUCGAUUUCUACUCGAAAGUUUGUGUUGCCAGUGAACCAUUAUUAAGGAUUGAUACUACAAGAAUGGAUGUGCAGAUGCUGCUAAAUCAGACGCGUCCACAAGAUGUAAUGGCGAUUAUAAAGCCAUAUGCAUGGCAACAUUCUAAGAAAACUCUGGCACAUACGACACGAGUUCAGAUAAUGCAGCAAAACAGGACCAGUUUGCCAGCUUGUCAGUAUAAUCAUACGGUCCCUGCAGUUAUAUUUUCCUCCAGUGGCUUCAGGGGAAACUUGUUCCAUGAAUUCAAUGAGGUUAUCAUUCCUUUGUACAUCACGUCUCGUCAUUUUCAAUCCAAUGUGCAGUUUAUACUCUUGGACUACAACCCUUCAUUUGUGAGAAGAUUUGGGAAAAUUCUGUCACAUUUGUCGGGCUAUCAAGUUAUGAAUCCGGCCAUAAAUGGAAGCGUCCAUUGCUUCCCUGCAGGAGCAGUGGUCGGACUCAGGUUCCAUAAUUUUCUAUCUAUAAAUACUUCCAGCAGCAUAAAUCCAGGAGGCUACUCCAUGUUAGACUUCAAGCAGUUUCUAAGAGAAACAUACAAUCUCAAGGAGUUUCAUGUGGAUACACAAAAGCCCAAGUUACUUCUCAUUUCCCGAGUGAAAUCAAGAAGAUUUUUGAACCAAGAAGAAAUGGUAAACACUAUGGAAGAAUUAGGAUUUGAAGUGGUCAUUGCAGGGCCUAAUCAGACAUCCAAUUUAACCACAUUUUCAAAACUAGUGAGCUCAUGCAGUGUUAUGGUGGGAGCUCAUGGCGCUGGUUUAACGAAUGAAUUGUUUUUGCCUUUUGGCGCGGUAGUGGUGCAAGUGGUGCCGCUAGGGCUGGAUUGGGCAUCAGCUGCGUAUUUUGGUAAACCAACACCAGUCAUGGGACUUCAUUACCUGGAAUACAAAAUUCAACCAGAGGAGAGCUCGCUUCUUGAUAAGUACAGUCGCGAUGAUCCUGUUAUUGCAGAUCCAGUGUCUUUAUUUGCUAAAAAUUUUCAAGCAGGAAGGGCUCUUUAUGUAAUCGGGCAAAACAUAAAGAUUAAUAUUUCCAGGUUCAGGGAGACUCUUGUUAAAGCUCGUCAACUUCUUGGACAUGACAGUUUAGCUCCUUGA